AUGAAAUUAUUUGUGGUCGUAUUAUCGGUCGUGGCAUUAGCCAGUGCGAGACCCGAAGCUCCCUUGGGAGGCGGAUACUCGUAUCCAUCAGGCGGAAGUCAUGGUGGAAAUCACCAUCACGGAGGCGGUCACAGUUCAGGCGGCGGCGGAUAUAAUUACAACCAAGGAGGACACAGUUCCGGUGGAUUUUCGCAUGGCGGAAGCUCCGGAGGUUUCUCGCAUGGCGGAGGUGUCUCGUCAUUCGGCGGAAAUUCCGGAGGUUUCUCUUCACAUGGCGGCUCAGGCUUCGGCGGAGGCAAUUCUGGCUUCGGAGGCGGCGUAAGCGGCGGUUUCGGACAAAGCUCUUCAUUCGGCGGAAACGCUGGAGGUUUUGGCGGCGGUUUCGGCGGAGGUGCUGCCGGACAAACUUUAGUCCAGAAACACAUCUAUGUCCAUGUCCCACCUCCAGAUGAGGAAGAACAACGCCAACAAACCAUCGUUAACCCAGGAGUUCGUCAAAAGCACUACAAGAUCAUCUUCAUCAAGGCUCCAUCCGUGUCGGCGCAACAACAAGCCAUCAUCAACCAAGCUGCCCAGAAAGAAGAAAAGACCAUUGUCUACGUUUUGGUUAAGAAACCCGAAGAUUUGGCUGAUAUCCAAGCUGCUGCUCCUCAACAAAUCACACCACCAAGCAAACCUGAAGUUUAUUUCAUCAAAUAUAAGACCAACAAAGGACAAGGAGCUGCUGGAGGUUCAUUCGGAGGAAGCACAGGAGGUUCAUUCGGAGGCAGCACCGGAGGCUCAUUCGGCGGUAGCUCAAGCGGAUCAUUCGGCGGAUCUUCAUCCGGAUCAUUCGGCGGAAGCUCAGGCGGUUCUUUCGGAGGCUCAUCUGGUUCAUUCGGAGGUCACUCAUCCGGAGGCAGCAGCCACGGAUCUGGAUUCGGAGUUUCCGGAGGCGGAGUCUCUGCGCCAUCAUCCAAAUACGGAGUUCCUGGAAGCUACAAAAAGUAA